CGGGGCUGCUAAGGCGAGAAGGCGAAAAAAGUUUUCGACGCCGCCGCCUAACUUACCCCUCCAUCUGGGUCCAUGUGGGUCCCUCACUGGCCGUGCUGGUCCCUUUCAUUGAAAUCUUUAAAUAUCGUGCCUGGGACGCCCUCUUCCCACACCACUUUCUUUCUGCCCCUUCAGGUCUCCCUCCUCUUUUCUCUUUCUUUUCUGGGCUGUCUCGGUUCCUCGAGCACUCUCUCCACCCAGUCUUUACUUUCUUGCGAGCUCUUCACCGAAGAGCCAAGAUAGAGUAGAUUUUUCGACCCUCCAUCGAAAAUCUACGGGCUCCGCGCAAACCAGCCGCUGCCACUACUGGAUACCCGAUAGACGGCGCGAAAGACUGCUUUUCCGGAUAGACGGCGGGAUUAGAUUCCUUGUUUUCUCGGACUCGCGACGCUGAUAGACUUCUCGUCUUCCAUUGUUUUCGACUUUUUAUCCCUUUCCAAUAACGACAAAAUCGACUACCAUGCCUUCCCAGGUCGCCGCUGAGAACGCCAAGAGCGUCAAGGUUCUUGACGAGCUGAUGCAAAAGCUUACCAUCUCCAAGGAGGCCGAUGCCAUCAAGGAGGCUUCCGCUGCGAUUGCCUCGUUCAUCAACGGCCGCAUCGAGGACCUCGACACCCCGACUAGGACUGUCGAGGCUCUCAAGAAGCAGCUUGCCAACAAGAAGGACGCCACCGUCCGCGAGAAGGCCCUUCUGGCCAUCCAGGCCAUUGCCCAGCACUCUGAAAUCUCCGCCAAUGUCGAACCCUACCUCGUUGCCCUUCUUCCAAAUGUUCUUGCCGGCGCCGGCGACAAGAUCACCGCCGUGAAGAAUGCCGCGGUCGCGGCUGCUAUGGCCAUCGCCGAGGGGAUGAACCCCAACGCGGUCAAGGCUACCCUUCCGGCCCUGAUCGACUCCCUGCGGAACGCCCAGAAGUGGCCUGAGAAGAUGACUGCUCUUGAUUUCAUCGACUCCAUCAUCCGCACCGCUCCUACGCAGACCGCUCUCCGUGUCCCUGACCUCAUUCCUGUCGUUUCCGAGGCCAUGUGGGAUACCAAGAAGGAAGUCAAGGAUCGCGCCUACAAGACCAUGGAGAAAGUUUGCCAGCUGAUUGUCAACCGCGAUAUCGAGCGCUUCAUUCCUGAGCUUAUCAAGUGUAUCGCCAAGCCCGAGAAUGUUCCCGAGACUGUGCACUUGCUCGGUGCCACCACCUUCGUCACCGAGGUCCAGGAGCCUACUCUUGCCCUCAUGGUUCCCCUGCUCGACCGUGGUCUUGCCGAGCGCGAGACCGCGAUCAAGCGAAAGUCUGCUGUCAUUGUCGACAACAUGUGCAAGCUCGUCGAUGACCCCAAUGUUGUCGCUCCUUUCUUGCCCAAGAUGAUGCCCGGCCUGCAGAAGAACUACGAGAACCUCGCUGACCCCGAGGCUCGUGAGAAGACCAAGCAGGCUUUGGACACUCUCAUCCGCGUUGGCAACGUUGUUGACGGCAAGAUUCCCGAGGUCCGCAACCACGGCGAUGUCGUCACUAUUAUGGGCCACCUGAAGGACAUUCUCUCUGGCAAGCACGCCGCUGCCUUUGAGAAGUUCACUCCUGUUCUCGAGUACGCUGCUGCCAUCGCCGGCCAGCUCGUUGACGAGAAGGUGACCGAUUCCGCUACCUGGGCUGAGAGCGUCAAGCCUUAUAUCACAGUGGUUGUUGGUGAUGCUGAGUCCCAAGGUGUCGUGGAUGCCCUCCGGAAGCGUGCCAGCCCUGGUAUCGCUGACGAGGAGGAAGUUGAGGACGAUGAGGAGGAGGGCGAGGACCUUUGCAACUGCACUUUCUCCCUCGCCUACGGUGCCAAGAUUCUGCUCAAUCAGACGAGCUUGCGGCUCAAACGUGGCCAGCGCUACGGUCUGUGCGGCCCCAACGGUUCCGGCAAGUCCACUCUGAUGCGCGCCAUCAACAACGAGCAAGUCGAGGGCUUCCCCAAGCAGAGCGAAGUCAAGACCGUCUUCGUUGAGCACGACCUCGACUCUGCCGACACUGAAAUGACUACCAUUGACUGGACCAUGAAGAAGCUUGGCGAGGCUGGUGUCAACGUCACUCAGGAGGAUGUCGAGAAGCGUCUUGCCGAGUUCGGCUUCUCCCCGGAGAUGAUCAAGGGCGAGAUUACCGCUCUGUCUGGUGGUUGGAAGAUGAAGCUGGCCCUGUGCCGUGCCGUCUUCGAGGCUCCCGAUAUCCUGCUCCUUGACGAGCCCACUAACCAUCUUGAUGUCAAGAACGUGAAGUGGCUCGAGGAUUACCUCAUCAACUCCCCCUGCACUUCCAUCAUCGUGUCUCACGACAGCGGUUUCCUCGACAACGUUUGCCAGCACAUCAUCCACUACGAGCGCUUCAAGCUCAAGCGCUACAAGGGUAACCUCAAGGAGUUUGUCCGCCGUGUCCCUUCGGCCAAGUCUUACUACGAGCUCGGUGCUUCGGAGCUCGAGUUCAGCUUCCCCGAGCCCGGUUUCCUUGAGGGUGUCAAGACCAAGGCCAAGGCCAUCCUGCGCGCCAACAAGAUGAGCUUCCAGUACCCGGGCACUGCCAAACCUCAACUCACAGACAUCACCUUCCAAUGCUCGUUGGGCUCCCGUAUUGCCGUGAUUGGUCCCAACGGUGCUGGCAAGUCCACGCUGAUCAACGUCCUGACCGGCGAACUCAUCCCCACUGGCGGUGAGAUCUACCAGCACGAGAACAUCCGUAUCGCCUACAUCAAGCAGCACGCUUUCGCCCACAUCGAUAACCAUCUCGACAAGACCCCGUCUGAGUACAUCCAAUGGCGUUUCCAGACUGGCGAGGAUCGCGAGACCAUGGAUCGUGCCAACAAGAUUAUCACCGAGGCCGAUGAGGAGGCCAUGAACAAAAUCUUCAAGAUCGAGGGUACUCAACGCCGUGUCAUUGGUAUCCACGGCCGCAGGAAGUUCAAGAACAGCUACGAGUACGAGUGCUCCUUCGCCCUCGGCGAGAACGUCGGCCAGAAGAACGAGCGCUGGGUGCCCAUGAUGACGGCUGACAACGCUUGGUUGCCCCGUAACGAGCUGCUCGCUUCCCACCAGAAGAUGGUUGCUGAGGUUGAUAUGAAGGAGGCCCUCGCUUCCGGUCAGUUCAGGCCUCUGGUCCGCAAAGAGAUUGAGGCUCACUGCGCCAAUUUUGGCCUGGAUGCCGAGUUGGUUUCUCACUCGCGCAUGCGCGGUCUCUCGGGUGGCCAGCGUGUCAAGGUUGUGCUCGCCGCUUGCUCGUGGCAACGCCCUCACUUGAUCGUCCUCGACGAGCCUACCAACUACCUCGAUCGUGACUCGCUUGGUGCCCUGUCCAAGGCUCUCAAGAAGUUCGAAGGUGGUGUGAUCAUCAUCACUCACAGCGCCGAGUUCACCAAGGAUCUCACGGAGGAAGUCUGGGCUGUCAUGGACGGCAAGAUGACUCCUUCCGGCCACAAUUGGGUCCAGGGUCAAGGCAGCGGUCCCCGCUUGAAGCAGGACGACGAUGAGGAGGAGGAGAAGUUCGAUGCCAUGGGCAACAAGAUUGUGUCGACCAAGAAGAAGGCUAAGCUUACCAGCUCUGAGGCACGGAAGAAGAAGAAGGAGCGUAUGGCCCGCCGGAAGCGCGGUGAGGAGGUCUUCAGCGACGAGGACGAGUAAACGUCACCAAAGCUUCCCAUGAUGCGUUUAGCGAUACGAUUUGGGUUAUAAAAGUUGAUUUUCUUUCGUGGUUUCGGGUUGCAUGGUUCGGCCUCAUUGGGUUUGCGUUUUAUGUAUGCUAUGAUCUUAAUGUCUCUGAUACCCGGCGUGGGUAUCUGCGGCUGGCAGUGGGC